CACUCAGCAUCCGCUCAGAGAAAGUGAGUCAGAGGGUUUCAGAAGGGAGUAAACGUAUUUAAUUUUCACAACCUCCAAGCCCACCUUCCGCAUAUUCUUUACUUCCCUUCUUUGGUUUCUACAUUCUACAAACAACAACAACCAACAAUAAUAAAAAAUAGUCACCUACUUGUAAAUGGGUUCACCUCACAAACCCUAGAAAUCUUACUCCAAGCAAACCCAGAUUCAGCUUAGGAAACCCACUUUAGCCAUGGCCAAGCUCUCCAUUUCUACCUGCUUAACAGUGUUAACUUUCAUGAUUUUCCACUCGAAAAUGCUACAUGCUGUCUCAAGUUACUCCUUUUCAUUUGGAAGUUUUGAUAAAGAUCCAAACUUUGAGUUCAGCAUUGCUCUUUAUGGUGAUGCAAAGGUUGUUGGUAAUAGUUCUUCUCUUCAACUCACUCGCCCUGUGAGCUUAAGUGCUGGACGAGUCAUGUACAAGCAACCCAUCAAGCUUGUUGAAGGUAAUCCUGGAAAUUUGGUUUCCUUUUCCACUUAUUUCUCAUUCUUGAUGUCACAUGAUAAUGGAGAUGGUUUAGCUUUUGUUGUGGUUCCUAGUGGUUUUAAUGCAAGUGUGUUUGAUAACACCCCAUUUGGGCUUUAUUUAGGACCCGAGAAAAGUAGUCCUAAAUUUGUUGCUGUUGAAUUUGAUACGAUGAGGGAUGCUAAGUUUGGUGAUUUGAAUGAUAACCAUGUGGGAAUUGAUGUGGGUGGUUUUGUAUCAGUUAAAGUGAGAAACGUUUCAUCUAAUAAUAUGGUGUUGAAUAGUGGAAAAAGAUUGCAUUCUUGGAUUGAUUAUGAAGCUGGUUCAAAAAGAUUAGAGGUUAGAUUGAGUCAUUCUGGUGAUAUAAAGCCAAUUGACCCAUUGAUCUCUCACCCAAUUGACCUGUCAAAAAUGUGGAAUGAUGAGAAAGUGUUGAUAGGCUUGACCUCAUCAAAUGGUAAUUCUUCCCAGACAUGUUUCCUCCAUUCAUGGAACUUUAAGCUACGGCGAGUCCCGCUUUGGAUGCAUUCUCAGCCACUGGACCCUCAGGAUUUUGCUAAACAUGAGAAACCAAUGGUGGUUCAGAAGAAGAGUGGUUGUAUUUUAAAAAUGCUUACUGCAAUGAUCUUUGGUACUGCUUGUGGAGCAGUGGGGGCGUUCAUGGUGUUGUAUCUUUGGACCAUUUUUGGCAAUAGGCGCCCUGUCGUGCCAGAAGAGUGUUCUGUCCCCCCAGUGGAUUUCGAAUACAAGAAAGUCAAAGUUAUUGUAGAUAAAGCCAUCGAAGAUGGCAAGCAUUAGGUGCUCGAGCUUAGAUCUGUUGGAGGCUGUGUUGUAAAUCCCUGUUCUUUUUUUUUUUGGUAAUUGUUUUAGCAGGUUCUAUUGUGUUGUUGUAACUGAUAGUUAAUUAUCUAAAUGUAGUUUGUGGCAUAUUGUCUAAUUACGGGAGCACUGAAAUUAACUUUGAAUUGAUGUAAUGGUUUGCAUUAAUUCAUAUUGUGAAGCCAUUUUCACUUGCGUAA